GUUAUUAUCAAGUGACACUAUCACAACAACAAAAAACAAUUCCGCCCUACCAAACAGCACCUUUUUAGAACUGACGUAACAGUUUGCCCUAAUAUUUAGUAAGAUAGCAUGCGGUUUUUAGUAAAAGACCAGGGCCGAAUCCUAAAUAUAUCUAUUCUGGAGUUGUAGUGCACUACGUGGAAGGCUUUACAGGAUUCCUAGGGCGCGUUGUGUAGUGGAGGAGCGAGCAAUUUGGGAUUCCGCCCUUGCCUCUGAUUGCGAGAAGAAGCACGGCUAACUUAACGCUAACGCUAACACUAGCGAGCGAGCACCAGCUCUUCCCUUCCACACCGCAUCUCUCCGGUCGGUGUCGUGACAUAAAUGGCUCGUUUUAAAGUCGUCUUGUGACGGAGUUUCUUAUAUCGACGCGUCGAUGUCUUUAACCUGACAGCUCCGGAGUUGAACGAUUUUGAUUCUCUCCAGACCAUCUGGGUCCUGAUGUGGCCACACGGAGGUUUAGUGCAGCGGACAAGCUGAAGAGCUCUGGCAUCCGGACCCGACAUCACACGUACACACAAACACACAAAGACAGAGAGACUGACGUAUAUAGAUUUCUCCGGAACCUGAUAGCCAUCCUGUUGCCAUGUCGACCUCAUCGCUAAGGCGACAAGUGAAGAAUAUUGUUCACAAUUACUCUGAAGCGGAGAUUAAGGUCAGGGAAGCAACUUCCAAUGACCCAUGGGGUCCGUCCAGUUCUCUGAUGUCAGAGAUUGCAGAUCUGACGUAUAACGUAGUGGCCUUUUCAGAAAUCAUGAGCAUGGUUUGGAAGAGACUCAAUGACCACGGAAAGAACUGGAGGCAUGUGUAUAAGGCUAUGACUCUUAUGGAGUAUCUGAUAAAGACGGGUUCAGAAAGAGUGGCUCAGCAAUGCAGGGAAAACAUCUACGCUGUCCAGACACUCAAAGACUUUCAGUACAUAGACAGAGAUGGAAAAGACCAGGGUGUAAAUGUAAGAGAGAAAGCCAAGCAGCUGGUGACUCUUUUGAAAGAUGAGGAAAGGCUACGAGAAGAGAGGGUUCAUGCACUUAAGACCAAAGAGAAGAUGGCACAGACCUCAAGUGCGUCUUCGGCUCCCUCGGCUCCUACUUUAGGACUGCAGUCAGGUACGGAUGCGGACCAGGCAUGGCCACAGAGCUCAGGGGAGGAGGACCUCCAAUUGCAGCUGGCAUUGGCCAUGAGCAAGGAGGAGGCAGAGCAGGUGGCUUCACUUGAGCGCUUACACACUGGUUCAAAAACUAGUGCUGACCCUCUGGAGGAUGCAGAACUCCGCUACGCGCUCACUCUCAGCAAGGAGGCUCACCAAGAGGAGGAACGUCUGCGCAGGGGGGAUGAUCUAAGACUGCAGAUGGCCAUCGAGGAGAGCAAGAGGGAGAAAGCCAAACCUGAGGAGUCCACCCUGAUGGAGCUGAGCACUGUUGACCCGUGGGGAGCUCCAGCAGCUCCAGGCUCUACCGGCCCAUCCCCUCCUCCGUCUGUGACCCCUGCCCCUUCAACAGGACCGUGGGGCCACAGUGACCCCUGGGGUGCAGCAUCUCCUGCCUCACCCCCUAGUACUGACCCAUGGAGGGGCGGGCCACCUUCAGUAGCCCCUCCUCCAGACCCAUGGGGGGAAACUUCCACAGUGAAUUCUGACCCCUGGGCAUCUACAGCCGUGACCCCUCCUAGUACAGACCCCUGGGCUUCAUCAGUGCCUGCUGCCCCAACCUCACUCUCAGGGUCAUCCGAUCCUUGGGCUGGGGAAGGGGUUGCCCCCGCAAGUGAUGCUCUGACCUCUGACCCCUGGAGUGGUUCCACUAAACACACAAAUGGCACAGGAGAUCCAGAAAGGAGAGGCUCUGCAGUAACAGGCAGUGGAGGAAGCACAGGCUCUCCGGUGCCCUUUGACCUCUCAUCACUCGGCUCGUCUCUGCCGGUCCGGAAAACGCCGGAGUCGUUCCUGGGCCCCAAUGCAGCACUGGUGGAUCUGGACUCCCUCGUAUCAUCAAAACCCAAACUCAGACAGACCCCUCCCACUAUAACUUCAUCUCACAACCCUUUUCUUCAGUCACAGAGCCCCUCACCUGCACCAGGUGUGGCAGUCACUCCCGGGAGCACCAUUUCCAGUCGGGGUGUUUCACCAACGCCAGCAGCUUCUUCAAACCCGUUUGGUGUGACCCCAAUGGCCUCCAUUUCUCCUCAGCCUUCUUCACUUGGUCUAAGCCAGUUACGUACCAGUCCUGUCCCCCCUAACCCUAUCCUAGGCCAAAUGCCUACAAUGGGAAUGGUUCAGCCAGGGAUGAGCAUGCCAGUAAUGGGGGUCCCUAUGGCGGCCCCCAGCAUGAGCAUGGGAAUGGUACAGUCCAGUCCGAUGGGAAUGCCUUUCAGUGGAGUUUCUCCCAUGGUCCCUGCGGGAAACUCAAUGAUGAUGGGCUCUGGGGGAAUCGCUCAGCCAGCGCUGGUUUUGGGGCCCCCAACAGGAGUAGGCGGCGUUAUGGGUGCUGGAGGAUCUGUGACAGGGGGCGGGGCUACGGGUACAAGCACCAAUCCGUUUCUUCUCUGAGAAAUUUCACAACCUCCCCACCCCCCACAUCCCUUUUCACUUGAAAAACUGCCCCAUCGACAUGGUGUGCAAGACAAGAAAAAUUGCAUACGUCAUUAUAUUUAAAGCAUUUCAGAUUUAACUUUAUUCCAUUUCAUUUUGCUUUAUAAGAAAUAAGAGAUAACGGGAGCGGUUAAGACCUGGAUUAUUUUAAUUAUUUGUUCUUGUUUGUUUCUGGGGGCGUUGACAUGCGCAUGUAUGAUUAAGAAGGAUCAUUCAGUCAGUGUGAUUGUGUAAGUUAUUUUAUUGCACAGAAAUCAAAAAACUUGACUGAAGAAAGAUGGAGAGAAAUUAGCCACUAAUAAACUGAUAUAAUUAAAUUACCCACACAUCCCUACUCUUUAGAGAGGACGUAGUAGUGACACUUGGAGUGUGCAUGAAGGAGCGCUUAAACUCUCACUGCUUGGACUAAGAUGAGAUCAUCUUUGCAUUUAAGCCACAUCUCUGAUUAAACUGGGUGUAAUACUUUUAAUUUAAUUCAAAGUGUAAUUUUUUUCCCUAAUUUAUUGUUUUUUUGUUUUUUUCUUUUGGGAUCAAGCAACCGAGGAAAAUAACUUUGACAUACAGCCAUUGAAUGCGAUGCCUGGUUUAACAUAUUCACCCAGUGACAUUUCAGUAUAGACUGAUGAAGUGCUACUGCUAAACAUCUGGGUUGAGACAGAAAGAAUGAGUGUGUGCGUGCGUGAUGCGUGUGUGUCUGUCCAUGUACCCUAACGCUGUGUUUAUUACAUUAAACCUCAUCUGUGGGCGAUUUGUGUCUGCAUUACAGUGACACUUUUCAGUGAUUGUCCAUGAAGGCAUCUGUAUUUAGUGUUGAUGUCCUUUUAUUCAUUUUUGUUUCACUUUUUUUUGGGGGGGGGGGUUUGUUUUUGUGACUUGAAGCAUUAGUCAGAACUGUCACAUGGGACACAAGAUUUUAUUCUCAUAUUGCAACACCCACCCACUGUUUCCCGUACGUGUUUCCGAAAUAAAACAGGUGGGUGGACUUUAAACGCUUCUAAAAUUGUGACCUGGAUGAAAUCUUUUGCGGGAAUUUAAAUGCUAAAAUUUGGGGGACUGAAUAACAAUCCAUGCUGUUAUUCUUAAUUUCCUUUUGAUGAAUUAUUUUAUAUAUGAAGAUAUCUCUUAUACUGGGAAAGAUGAAAGAUUAUGGUGUUGACUGUGAAUAAUCACAAAAAAAUGGAGGAUGGAAAAAAAAUAAAUGUUAAAAAAGAA